AACUUUCAAAGACUUGCUUUGAUUGGUCGGUUGUAGGCUUUUUUGUUUUGAGACACAGCUCUGGUUUUAAGGUGUACACAAGACUGUGGAGUCUUGAGGCAAUUUCUGAGUUGGCAGCUGGGGCAGUUGUCCUGGUUCUGAUUCCUGGAAAAUGGGCUAAAGCUGGGUCAGGUGACCUUGCAGAGCCAGUCAGAGACAAGUUUGCCUCUUGGUGUCCAGCUGCCAGGAUUGGCCGGCCGUGGGGGUGGAGCAGGCGGAGGCCAAGGAGACCUGCCAUGGCUGCAGCUGCACGCGCUCGGGUCGCACACUUGCUGAGGCACCUGCAAAGCACAGCAUGCCAGUGCCCGACACAUUCUCAUACUUACUCCCAAGCCCCCGGAUUCUCACCUUCUGGAAAAACAACAGAAUAUGCAUUUGAGAUGGCUGUUUCAAACAUUAGAUAUGGAGCAGGGGUUACGAAGGAAGUGGGCAUGGAUCUGCAGAAUAUGGGAGCUAAGAAUGUUUGCUUGAUGACAGACAAGAACCUCUCCCAGCUCCCUCCUGUACAAAUAGUUAUGGAUUCCCUAGUGAAGAAUGGCAUCAGCUUCCAGGUUUAUGACGACGUGAGGGUGGAGCCCACAGACAGAAGCUUCAUGGAUGCGAUUGAAUUUGCCAAAAAGGGAGCCUUUGACGCCUAUGUGGCUGUGGGUGGGGGCUCCACCAUGGACACGUGUAAAGCUGCCAAUCUGUAUGCGUCCAGCCCCGACUCUGAGUUCCUGGACUAUGUCAACGCCCCCAUUGGGAAGGGGAAGCCGGUGACUGUGCCUCUGAAACCCAUGAUUGCAGUUCCAACUACCUCAGGAACUGGCAGUGAGACUACAGGGGUUGCCAUUUUUGACUAUGAACAGUUGAAAGUAAAAACUGGCAUCGCUUCACGAGCCCUCAAACCCACCCUGGGACUAGUGGACCCUCUGCACACGCUCCACAUGCCUUGCCGGGUGGUGGCCAACAGUGGCUUUGAUGUCCUUUGCCAUGCUCUGGAGUCAUACACUGCCAUUCCCUAUAACAUGCGGAGCCCCUGCCCUUCCAACCCCAUCCAACGACCAGCCUACCAGGGCAGCAACCCAAUCAGUGACAUCUGGGCAGUCCAUGCACUGCGGAUUGUUGCCAAGUAUCUGAAGAGGGCUGUCAGGAAUCCUGAUGAUCUGGAAGCAAGGUCUAGUAUGCACUUGGCAAGUGCUUUCGCUGGCAUCGGCUUUGGAAAUGCUGGUGUUCAUCUGUGCCAUGGCAUGUCUUACCCAAUUUCAGGGUUAGUGAAGACAUAUAAAGCCAAGGAAUACAAUGUGGAUCACCCUCUGGUGCCCCAUGGCCUCUCUGUGGUGCUCACAUCUCCAGCAGUCUUCACCUUCACAGCUCAGAUGUUUCCAGAGCGGCACCUGGAGACAGCAGAAAUAUUAGGAGCCGAUAUCCGCACUGCCAGGACCCAAGAUGCCGGGCCUGUGUUGGCAGAUACCCUCCGACAAUUCCUAUUUGACCUAAAUGUGGAUGACGGUCUCUCUGCCCUCGGUUACUCCAAGAAUGACAUCCCUUCCCUGGUGAAAGGGACGCUGCCCCAGGAGAGCAAGGGCUCAACCUAGCCCGGUCUUCCCCACCCCGUCACUGUCGAUGACCUCACCAUUCAUAGAAGACGUUUGUGCAGUUUGAGCUCCCAGGUUCCUAUGUCCACAGAAGCAAUGAACAGAACAGCAAUGAGCAAAAUAAUCCGAGGCAACAGAACGUAGGGAACCUCCGUAAACUGGAAACACGUCCCAUCCACCUGGAUGAGCAACCUUUAGCUACAAUUAUCGUUAAGUAUAAAUUUAGAUUCCUGUGUGGGUAGACUUUCCUACUUUUAAGAAAAAUUAUCAACUGGGUGCUUCCUGCUCCCAGUUUCCUGGCUUCUCAGUAUACUAGUGAAGUAUGGCCCCUGGACCACUGGUUUCCCUGACUCAGAUUCAAGCCCAAUGGAUCCAUUUGCAUCUAACAGUGUAAAGGCGUGAGAAACACAAGUGUCUUGAGAUAUAGCCUAGGUGUUGAGCUGUCCCACAAAUCCAUAGUUCUAACCUGUUGAGCCAAAAUGUAAGUAAGGCCACUGUAGUUAUUUUAGCCCAGCCUAGAACUGAAGAAGUCGGGGUCUGCUCGGCUCCUCCAUCCUCUGCUGCACCCAGAACAGACUGGCAGGCAUGCCGAGUGAGCUCAUCCCUGCAGGAGCUUCUCCUGCUACACCUCUGUCCAGGUGAGCGAGUGGCUUCCUCAGGCUGAGUGAAACAAAGACAGCCAUGAAGACUUGUCCAGGAAUUCCACAGACCUAGGGGCCACCAUGAUGUCACAGUGGCUUCUGGCUUCCUAGCAUUGUCUCAGGGACACUGUCUUUUCUGACGUUUAUCCCAGGACUGUGCACAAGAAUAGGAAUGUUUAAGACCAGUGAGGUGGUUCAGCAGGUAAAGGUGCCCUCUGCUAAACCUGAACGACCUGAGUCAGUGCCUAGGACCCACAUGACAGAGAGAACUGACUGCCACAGGCUGUCCUCUGACCGCCACACGUGUGCCAUGGUGUGCACAUACACACAUAGUAAAUAAUAAUGUAAUUCAAAAAUAAAAAAAUAUGAAUUCGCUUACUUCCAAGAAUUAUUAGGCUAGCGAGGGUUUGUAACUUGAAACAACUGGACUCCCCAUGGAAGGGAAAUUCCCAACUCAGGAAUUGCCUCCGUCGGAGUGGCCUGUGGCUUUUUUGUUGGUGGUGGUUUUGAUUAGUGAUGGGGGAGGGCCCAACCCACUGGGAGUGGCGGUACCCCUGGGCAGGUGGUCCUCCGUGGUGCAUAUGAAAGUAAACUGAGCAAGCCCUGGAGAACAAGCCAGUAGGCAGCAUUCCACUGUCGUCUGCUUCAGUUCCUGCCUUGACUUCUCUCGAUGGUAGACUAUAACCUAUAAACCAAAUAAACCCUUUCCUCCCCAAGGUGCUUUCGGUCAUGGUGUUUAUCACAAGCACAGAAACCAAACCAGGACAGAAAUUGGUUCCAGAGAGUGUGCUAUGGUGGUGAUGGACAUGACCAUAUUGUUUUGGGAGAAUUAUGGAAGAAUUUGGAAGGUUCAGGCUUGAGAAGGCCGCUGGGUGCUCAGAGCUCAUGAGGCUGUUAUGGGAGCCUGGAAGACAGCAAUGUUAAGGAGAGGUGCAGAUGAUGGGGCCUGGCUUGUGAAGUUCACCGGGAAGACUGAGAGUCCCUCAAGGACUAUUGGACCAUUUGGUUGAUAUUUUGAAUAUCUGAAUGUGGUUUCUGGUUAGCUGGGACCGAAUAAUCAACUGUGGUUAUGAGUAGACCAGCACCACUUAAAUAAAACCUUUGCUUUCCUGAGAUAAUUGAUCCUGGUUAGCUGGGACUGAAAAAUCAACUGUGAUUAACAUCAGAGACCAACAUCUCUGAGACUCCUCCUGGGGAGUGUUUCUUCAGGGUCAGCACACAGAAGCUGUGGUCCAGAGGGACCAAGGCUGCAUCUCAAGCUGGUAGCCAAACUUGGUAAUGUGUAAGAGCCUCCCACAUGGUACUGGUUUGGGCAGCAUGAAAGCAAGCCAGGAACAGUGUUCCUCCAUGGUCACGGCUUCAGAUCCCGCCUCCAGGUUCCUGCCUUGAGUUCCUGCCCACGCUUCCUUCAGGGUUAGACCGUGACCUGGGGAGCUGUUAAGAUGAAAUCAGCCCUUUCCUUCCCUGAGGUGGUUUUGGUCAAUGCUUUAUCACAGUAACAGAGAGUCCUCACUAGAACAGAAAUAACCAUCAGAUGAAGAACUGGUGUGGGGGUUUCUGUCUUGUUCUGUUGGCAGCAGUGAACAUUUUACAGGAAUGCCAUAGCAACCUCAGAAUUUCACACAGUGGGCCAGUCUUCGCUCAUUAAUAUCUACCAGAUUUGAGGUAGUCGGAUGUACUAGUCCCUGCAAAGAGCCUUACCAGAAAGUUUGUUUUAUAGAGUCCACGUCUGAUAAAGACUCUUUUGUGUUCAGCAGCCAGGGGUCAGUUUUCUCUAGAAAGAAUGAGCAGGCCAGUUUCCUUAACCAAACACAGCCUGUGCUGGUGGCAGCGAAUGGCAGCCCGUGUGCCGAGGCUUCCAACUGCAGGGCCAGCUGCAGAGGGAGUGGGCAAGAGCAAACUAAUCUUCAGAGCUACAUUUCCGAAACCUCUGGAAAGAAACAUUUACAUUUCAAAUCCAAACAUUUCAUUACUGACUGGGGAGAGCUGUCUGCCCAAGUGAGCACUCCCACUCUUGGUAGACAGACCAGCUGAAAUGGUGUUAUUUUAUGAAUGUGCUAAAAGUAGAAGUAUUUAUUUCAGUGCCCAUGCUAAUCAGCUGUUCUUUGGUCUUCAUGUCUGUAAAUAAUAGCACAUUGCUCAACACAUCUUCAUUCUGAAAUCAUUUGGCUUUUAUAUGGCAUAGGAUCAGACACUUUGUCUCUGUGUGUAUUUGCCCAAUCACUGGGUUUGGAAUGUGAAAGAGAAAGCUGGCAGUCACUUGAAUGGCUGCUCCUGAAAGUCCAGAGCUGCCUCCCCAAAGGGGAACAGAUCCUGCAAAAGACUCUGGGCUUAUCAGAGGACUUUCUUCUUUGUUAUAACAAAAUGUUGUGGAAACCGUUACCAUCCUCACCAUCAUCUCUGGCCAGAACACAUACUGAAAGCCAGCUCUCCAUCCUGCCACAAACUAGAUGGAUAGAUAGAUAGAUAGAUAGAUAGAUAGAUAGAUAGAUAGAAGAUAGAUUAUAUGUAGAUCGAUUAUAAAUAAAUAGAUGAUUGACUGCAAAUAGGUAGAUGAUAAAAUUCAGAUAGGUAGGUAGGUAGAUG